AAACAGCAACAACAGAAGCGAAGCAGUAAUGGCUAUGGUGGGAGACAAGACGAAGAAGGAAUCGACUGCUGUGACUUUGCAACAGUUCAUCUCCAAUACGACUCCUUUAAUCGAUUUGGAGAAGGUUUUCAUUAAUUUUUAUCGCCAAUCCAGCAAUGGGUGUCUCCGUAAUUCGUCUUCCCAAUCAUCCGGUACCAAAAAGAAGCUGAGAUAUCAGCCUCUUAUCUCUUCAGGCGCAUCAAGAAACUUGGAUAGUGCUCAAAAGAGGGGCUCCACUAUUCUGAAUUUGAAGUGUGUUGAUGUUCAGACAGGGUUGAUGGAGAAAACACUGCUUGAGUUUCAACCCACCAAAGGAGAUGUCCUUCCUGCUCACAAGUUUGGUACCCAUGAUGUAGUUCUAUUAAAACUGAACAAAGCUGAUUCAGGAUCUCCUGCACUUGGGCAAGGUAUAGUUUACUGGCUGAAGGUGAUUGGGACUCUUAAUUCUUAAAUGAGACUUUGGGUUAUUACUUUUUGAGUUUGUUGUUUCUAGUUACCUGUAAUUCCCUGAAACUCUUGUGCUGCUGAUUUCAUGUGCAUAUCGAGCUGGAUUCCUCAAUCACUGUUGCUUUUGAUGACAUCCCAGAUGAAGGUUUGAAUAGUCCCUUACAUCUGGAAAAAGUGGCCAAUGAGUUAUGCAACUAAGAUUCUUCAAUCAAUUCUUUGCUUUACACUGGCUUUACUCUUAUGUGUAAUAUAGACAAGAAUUCCCCUGACUUUUAUGUGUUCAAGUAAACUUGAAUUCUGCUUAUUGUAUCACAGAAUUACUUUUCAGUUCUUUAUUCUAUCUGAAGAAUUCUCCGUGUUAACCUUGGGAAUCAUAUAGAAGUCAACUUGGAUUCAUGCUGUCCCAUCUUUAAAAGCCUGAAGCAGAUCAAAGUCAUAGAACUAGUACACAAGGCUCAGCACCAUACUUUCUUAGAGAUUAAGUUUAUAAAAAAAAAUAAUUCAAAUUAAUUUCUGUGCAGAUGACAUAUCGUAGGAUGAAGGAUGCCUUAAUCCAAUUGAGUAAAGGUGUACUGAAGGGGCCUGCUGCAGAUCUAUUUCCUGUCUUGUUUGGAGAGAGACUGCCAACAUUUUCAAAGAAGGAUGUCAUGUUCAGCCCUUUUAACUCUAACCUUGAUCACUCUCAGGUGUGUAACUAUAUGCUUUCUUAAUGCUUUUGCAUUUCGGACAAUAAAUGGUUCAUUAACUU